AUGGCACACAACAAGGGGUCGUCCCUGUCCAACGCCCGUGGUCGUGAAAUUUAUGUUGGAAGUCAAAUCAGGGAUUCCAUUUCCCUUCUGGAUGUUUUGUACUCAAAUGCAUUAGAAGAAGAGGACAUAGACUCAGCAGUAGCGAAAAAGGCAGAGGCAGAUUUUUACAGAGGAGCCCCACCUCAAUGGCUUAACUUCUGCUGGGCUGAAAGGGCAACGUCAGAUGAUAAAACUACCCCCUUUAUCAAAAGAGAUGGGUACACGGAGCUGAUAGAAAAUAUUGAGGAACAGCUUAAGGGCGACCUGACUUCUACCAUGAAUCUGCUGCAUCAGCCAGGCAGCGGAGGAACCACUCUGGCCAAGCAGGUGCUCUGGGAUAUGAGGAAAACACUCAGAUGUGCUGUUCUAACAGGCCCUACCUCAGACAUCACCGCUAUCGCCAAGCAGGUGAUUCACCUUUUCACUGCAGGCAGCCAAGGCCACCAGAACACUGUGCUCUUACUGCUGAAUGAUUCUCAAUGUCAGGCAUUCCUGGGGCCUCCAGAUCCCAUUUAUGGAGGCCCUUCCUUUGAGCAGCGAAUGGAGCCUUUCACUCAUCUGAUAGUGACAUUCCCUGCACGACAGGGACAAGACAAACAUGUCCGCAUGGCUCACCCACUGAUUGCACAGCAGUGUGUUAAGAAGCUCAAAGAAGAAAAGGCCAUUGCCUUCCCUGGACUGCUUUGCUGUCUUGAUAAGGGUUAUGAUGAAUCUAACUUGAGCCAAAUAACAAAAUUGUGGGAGGAAAUACAAGAAUGUGAAAAAAAGAAAGAUGGUGGUGGUGAGAAUCAAGCUUCCCAAAACUUCAUCCUUGCCAACAUCAUCUUAAGCAAAGUGGAAGCAGCAUCUCCAAUGCUUACCCCGUUGUCAAUCCUAAGAAGCACUCUGGAGAGACAUCUAUUGGCCAAUUACGGUAACCAAACCCCAGAGUUUUACCUCUUAGUCCUUUUGCUGUUUUGGCCCGAGGAGCAUAAGAAAAUAGGAUUCAAUAUUGACCUCAAUAAACGUAUUAUUGAGAUGCAAGACUCCUACAACAACACAUACAAGAAACAUCUUCGCUCAAGGUACCUUCGCCCCCUUAUUUUCCUGGGAAAGGGUGAGGGUUUGAGCAGAUUGGUUCAUAGAUCAAAAAUAGACAACCUAUUCGUAGAGGAGAAUCAAAUGGCAAGGCAAGAGGCAAGGACAGACACUAUAGAUCAAAAGUGGAGCAGUGGUGAGGUGUGGAGAGAACCCAGUGUCCAGGACCUUCUUCUUCCAGUCAAUGGAGUGGUUAGACAGCACAGGGUGUUUGCGUGUGUUGAUGGCAAGGAGAUUGAAGUCUGUGCCGACCAACAAAGCAAAGUUUGGAAGUCUGGAGACGUCUGCUUCUACCUUGGCUUCACCAUUAGAGGUCCUGUGGCCUAUGGCAUACAUUACCCAUCCCAUCACAGACAUUUCUCCCAUUCAGAUAGGAUGACAGGGGAGGUACCUCGUAAAAUGUUGGAAGUACCUGACAUCAAAUCGAUCAAAGACGGUAAGACAGUUACUGUAUAG